ACUGGAGAGAAAACCCACAUUGGCGUUGAAGAUGAGGCGGGCAACACAAACACUAUGGCCGAAUCUGCUGUGCAAUCGAGUAUUUCUCAUAUUUUUGCGGGUUCAAGCAAAAUGGUUGAANCACAUUGGCGUUGAAGAUGAGGCGGGCAACACAAACACUAUGGCAGAAUCUGCUGUGCAGUCAGGUAUUUCACUUAUUUUUGCGGGCUCAAGCAAAAUGGUUGAAGGGAGCCAUGGUGAUGGAGUAUUCGGCGCCUCUCAUGGCGUUGACCCAAGUAAUUUCAGUGCACAAGGAGGAACUAGAAAGGAUAGGGAGGCGUUGCCCAGCGUAACUUGUACGCCAAAGAAGGGGCAGCCAGGUCUGGCAGAAGCUGCCCAGGUCGCGGCUAGGCAAGCACCGAAGGCCAGCGAGUACGCGACAGACGGGGCUAUCCAGAACGCGGGUCUGCCUAGUUUUUGA